CUUUAAAACUUUUCACGUUUUCCCGCGUAUUCCAUUACUUCAUUCGUCGACUGCUUUACCGACGCCACCCCACGUGACCAGGAGACCGGGAAAAUCAAUAAUUUUGACACAACCCGCGUUUGACACGACUGUUUAUUUCACAUGAUUGUGUUGUUUUUAUAUAAAACUCCAUCAAAAUGAUGCAAGAAUACGACGAUGAUUUCUUUUUUGAAGAAGACAAAAUUGUUUAAGUUUGUCGCUGUUUUUAGUUGAUAAUACUAUAUUUGCUUUGGUGUGUAUCGAUGUGGCGGCCGGAGAAUCAAAUCUUUGCCUUCGACGAUACCCGGAUUUAUCCGCAUAUCAGCGGCUUGCACACCAUGUACGAAGACAAAAUGGGUAUGACAGUGACAUCAGGGAGUGUAGUUCUAACUAAGGAUGAGAAGAAUUUGAUAGGAAUCAGUAUUGGAGGAGGCGCGCCACUGUGUCCCUGCUUGUAUAUUGUACAGAUAUUUGACAAUACUCCCGCAGCCAGGGAUGGAACUUUGCAAAGUGGCGAUGAACUAGUCGGUGUAAAUGGACAGUCGGUCAAAGGGAAGACCAAAGUUGAAGUGGCCAAGAUGAUACAAGCAGCCAAAGAUGAAGUGACAAUCAACUACAACAAGUUACACGCGGAUCCGAAGCAAGGGAAAUCCCUGGACAUCAUCAUGAAGAAGAUGAAGCAUAGACUGGUGGAGAAUAUGUCUUCUGGCGCCGCUGAUGCAUUGGGCCUCUCCAGAGCUAUAUUGUGUAAUGACACGCUUGUUGCCAAGUUAGAUGAGUUGAGGGAUACUGAGACCACUUACAAGAGAUUGGUGGAACAUGCUAAAAGGAUGUUAAAAGCUUACUUCGACCUUAUCCAAACGUACAAAGCGCUGGGAGAUAUAUUCGCGGCCAUAGGCGUUAGGGAACCACAAGCUCGCGCCUCGGAAGCUUUUAGUAAGUUCGGCCAAUACCAUCGCGAUUUGGAACGCGACGGCAUCAAGAUGCUGAAAGCUUUGAAGCCGAUCCUCUCAGACAUGGGUACGUAUCUGAACAAAGCCAUCCCGGACACCAAGUUGACCAUAAGAAAAUACGCCGACACAAAGUUCCAGUAUCUGUCGUAUUGUUUGAAGGUGAAAGAGAUGGACGACGAGGAGUAUGGCUACAAUGCAUUGCAGGAGCCUUUGUACAGGGUAGAAACUGGGAAUUAUGAAUAUAGACUAAUACUGCGAUGUCGACAAGAGGAGAGGGCCAGAUUCGCACGGCUACGUUCCGAUGUGUUGAUAAAGUUGGAAUUGUUGGAAAAUAAGAAGACACAAGAUGUUGCGUAUCAGCUUCGUAGAUUUAUUAAAGGGCUGGCUGUCUAUCACAACGAAACAGCAGAACAUCUCAAGGAGAACGCUUCGUUGUUCCCCGUUGAAGUGGAUUUAUCGCAGAACGCCUUCCAAUAUAAAUCAACAGCGCAGAUAAUACAGGACAACCAAGAAGACGAAGAAGAAAUAGAAUACGCAAAAGAGAUACGGGAAUACCACGAUCUGUCAGACUCUGAGAGAGAACCGAAAGUUUUCAACAGAAGACAGAAGAAGGACAAAGACGAAGACGGCACAGAACAACUCCUACCCGGUCUCGACAAUUCUGACACUUUAGACAGCGCUGUCAAAGUUGACAACCUUGAUAAUUUGUCACUUUUGACAGAACUGGGUCUCGCAGACACCAAUGUGCCGUUAGAUAGUGAUUUCGGAGAAUUCCAGAAUGGAAUGGACGCUUUUAUGCCUAACACUAGUAAUGACGACGUAUUUGACAGACUUUUAAGCGAUCUGACUAUCGGAAAAUAGAUGGAUUUAUAUAUAUGGAAACUAUGUUUAUUGUGUGUUAAAUAAAUUAUUUAUUAUAUUAUUAUUGAUACUUGUUUUAUUACUAUUGUAAAUAAAAUGCGAUAAAAUGUUUUACCGCACGGUUGGUUGUGUUACGAGCCACACUACUUUGAACUUUCGAUUGAGCAAAUUUGUUGAAAAAUAAUAAACUAAAAUAAGUGUGUUUUAAUUAAUGAGUGCGUGGAUACUUAAGAAACAAAUAUUUAAUGAUGCUGUUACCGCACCUUAUAAUGAUAUGCUUUAUCAGCCUGAAAUAAAAACAUAUAUGAAUCUCAACCUCAUCAGACUAUUUAUGUCCCUACUGCUGGACACAGGUAUUCCCUAUUGAUGGACGGGCCGUGACCUACCACGCGGUCCCAGUGCGGAUUGGUGGGUUCUA